AUAUGGCGUCAAACUUUGCAGGCAGUGCCCUUGCCAAAUUCUGCGUGAACUACAGUCAUGGCGAACGGCGAGUUCGACGCGUACCUGCCCCAGUCGUCUGGAUAUGCCAUCAUCCUUGGUGGCGGGUCGGGCUUUGCCCUGUUCAUGCUCCUACUCAGUUGGCUCCAAGCAAAGUUCACCGACACAUCUCCGUUCGAGAAUGAAGAAUUCUCUAGUGCGAGCAGAAGCGUGAAGCCUGGUCUCGUCUGUUCCGGAAUCGUCUCGGCUUGGACAUGGAGCGCCACCCUCAUGGUCUCCUCUCUCGUUGUCUAUCAAUUCGGUAUCUCCGGCGGUUGGUGGUAUGGCGUGUGUGGAACUGUUUCGAUUAUCUUCUUUUCCGUCAUUGCGUCUGCCGUCAAGAGGAACGCAAAUGGUGCGAGGACAUUCUUGGAGAUUGUCAGGGCGCGCUUCGGUACGCCGGCACACCUGAUGUUCCUGUUUUACGCCAUCUUCACGUCGCUUAUGGUCUCUGCUAUCCUUCUCCUCGGAGGUAGCGCUUCUAUCUCUGCCUUGACAGGCAUGGAUAUCCGGGCUGCGACCAUGUUACUGCCUGUCGGUGUCAUUGCUUUCGUCAUUGUUGGUGGCCUCCGGAGCACUUUCGUCUCCGACUAUGCCCACACGACCAUCGUGUUUGUGAUCAUCUGGCUUUUCGUUUAUACGGCCUUUGGCACAUCGGACCUGAUCGGUUCGCCUUCUGCGCUCUAUGACCUGCUCGUCAAGGCUGGCGAGAUUGACCCCGUCCCGGGCAACUGGCAGGGCUCUUACCUGACUUUCCACUCCAAGUCAGGCUUUAUAUAUGCUGCCAUCUCUUUUGUCCUCGGCACGGCGACCGUCUUCCUAGACCAAUCCUACUGGCAGCGGGCCAUCGCAUCCAACCCGCGGGGCACAACUAAGGCAUACGUGUGGGGUGGCCUUUCCUGGUUCAGCGUCCCGCUUGCAUUUGGCACAACCAUGGGUCUCUGCGCGCGCGCCUUACAGACGAACCCUGCCUUCCCGACAUACCCGCAACCGCUCAGCGCGGACCAACAAGGCGCGGGCUUGGUGGCCCCCGCUGCCGCAGUCACGCUGCUCGGUCGCUCCGGGGCCAUUGCGAUGCUCAUCAUCACGUACAUGGCGGUUACUUCGGCUGCUUCAGCGCAACUCAUCUCAGUUUCCUCAAUUUUCACGUAUGAUGUAUACAGAACGUACUGGAGGCCCAAGGCUAGUGCCCGCGAGCUCCUCCGUGUCGCCCACGCGGGUGUCGCUGUAUGGGGCAUCUGGAUCUCGGUCUGGUGCGUCAUCCUCAAUGCAGGCAACGUCAACAUGAACUUCGUCUACUAUUUCUGCGGCACCGUCAUCGGCGCGCCCGUCAUCCCCAUCAUGCUGGUCGUGCUCUGGCCGAAGCUGUCGAACGCGGCCGUGCUAGCGAGCAGCGGCGGCACGUUCCUGGGGCUUAUGGCAUGGCUCAUCGUCUGCCGCUACUUCUACGGCGCGAUCAACACGACGCUGUUGGUCGAUAACUACUCGUCGCUCGCGGGCAGCCUGACGAGCAUGGGCUCGGGCGCGAUUAUUGCCGUCGUCGUGAGUCUUAUCAAGCCCGACAACUACGACUUCCACGCAACGCGGGCGAUCAAACUCAUCCAGAAGAGCGAUGACGUGAGCGAUGAGGAGAGUAUCGACGCCCAGGUCGUGGUCGUCGCGGCCUCACCCAGUGACGACAAGAAGGACGCGGACGUCUCCAUCGACGAGAAGGCUACGCCGCCGGGCUCGAGCGUGGCGCCCUCUGUCGAGCAGCACGACGCGUACGCGAACCCGCAUCCGAACGAUUGGGAUCUCUUGCCCGCAGACGCGAAGCGCGCCUUCUGGCAGUCGACGGCCAUCAUCGUCAUCAUCGCGGUUCUUGUUCCCAUCCCCCUCGGGAGCAGCACGUAUAUAUUCUCGCCCGGCUUCUUCACCGCCUACAUCGUUGUAGCCAUGGUUUGGUCCUUCUUCGCCGGUUUCUGCUGUAUCAUUCUGCCCAUCUGGGAGAGCCGUGACGCUCUGAAGCGAAUCUCCUCAGGCCUUUUUCGGAUGAUCACCGGGAGAAACUGAGUUAUUUAUGAGUUCCUAUUAUGUGUACAUUAAAGCGUCAUUUAGACUAUGUUAGAGCGCCGGUAGUCUAGAGCGUCCACUAGUUAACGGAAUUGGAGUCUGCUACGCGAGUUGGAGCACCGCCUCCUAGCAUUGGGCAGGUGGGAUGACCUCAGAAAGGGCCAGCAUGCCUUAAAGACCAUAAGAUGCCGAUAGUCCUGUUAUUAAUUACUGUUACAAUGUCUCGGAGCCCAGUAUGAUAAUGUACACAUGCGGCUAUGUACUAUUAGUUGAGAGGUGUCGUAGAAGAGUUAAUGCAACGAAACAGCAGUACCAGAGUAUGGCGAAAUUAGGUACCUCCUCAAUUGUUCUGGAGAGGUAUCUUGGAAACACCGAUGACCAUCUCUGGUAUACCGUCGCGCGGCUUCCGAGACGUGGGCAUAGCCACCAGCACUGCAACUUGCAUCUCCGAACCGUCAAGCGAAUCUGAUACGUCAGGCACGGGUGUGCCAGACGGAAUUCGGACGGUGCACGGCGUCGGCGAAGCAGGCGUGUGAAGGCAGUGAGUGGUGGCUGGUCGAGGGAGGAGCGAGUGUCAUGAUGGUCGUUAUUCGCGUCGCUAUUGGCGAUGUUUUUCGCAGACAUGGGCUAAACAAGGAGUUCAGCAAAGGAAGAGAUCUGACGUGGUCUCCAUCGUGGGGUUACCAACGAGCCCGAAGGCAGGGUACUUACCGAAAACGAGUCCCAGUCGCCCACAAACUGCGUUGGCUCCGCGCUGACAUCCCACAUCUUGGGCUUCUCUCCAACGUCUUUCCUUCCUAUAUUGAACGCGGCCUCCGGUGGAAGCAGUCCUGCUGCGAUUUGCUCCUCGACCUGCUGGCGGAAGCGGCGGCGAAUGAAAAAGGAGCGGAGGACGAUGGCACACGAGACAAAUAGGAGGACGAAGAGAGUUGCUAGGAAUGUGAGACUGAACCAGAAUGACAUGCGUCAGUGCGAACUGGGCCGGCGAGAUGCGGGAUAGAGGAACGCACAGGUAUAGCGUGGAGGAGGGCGGAGAAAAGCCGCCACCAUUGUUGCUGCUUGUCGGAGAUGCAGACGGGCUAGAGACCGCGGACAUCGUCGAUGGCGACGAAGAGCUUGAGCUCGACAUGGCGGUCGAGGAACAUGAAGGUGUGAGGCGACGGGAUGACGGAGAUUUGUCUCGAGGGCAGCGCCCCGAACAGGAAUACUCUAGGAACAAGUCUGGGAGAGGAAGAUCGGCGGCCCAGUCUUCUGCGGAAGAUCAG